UUGCAAUCGGAAGCAGAUGUCUUCUGACGCCUCUUCGAGCGCCGAAGAAGAACACGAAGACUCCGAGGAAAGAUUACGAGUGUUCCAGGCUAAGGUGAUUGACCAGGUUCAACCCCAGAAGUCAUAUGAAGACGAUGAUGACGAAGGUGCUUGCCUAAAAAGGAUAAAGCUCGAUACAACAGGAGUGCAUAAGGUCCAGGAAAACGAUGAAUACCACAGAGAGAAAGAUGCUCUUGAGAUUCAGAGACGCCACAAGCAGUUUAUUGACACGCAGGCAAAAAAGGCAGAGCAGUACGCGAAGAAGAUGAUGCAGCUGGUGACUGUUUCUUCAAAGAGACCAGUGGUGGACAGUGUUACACAGAGACCACCUGGGAUGGAGGGCAAGGGACCCAGAGUUGUUCCACAAUCAGUCAAGAACCAUCGAAAAAGAUUAAAGAAGAAAGCAAGAAAACAAUAAUAAUAAUAUAAUAUCAUUGGUGUACAUCAAUAAAAUUAGCUUGCAUGUUUAGUCAUAUUAUUAUUGCUAAGAAAGUAAAUGCAUAACAGUGUGUUACUAGUUUAAGGUGACUUGAUGAAGAGAUCCACCCCAUCAGAAUACUCUGUACUACUCACCAAGCUCUUGAGAUGUCCCAUAGUGUUAAAGCCAGCACAGUCAGGUAUCAGAUUGCACAGAAAUUUCAGUUGACCAACGUCCUUUGUCCAGGUGGGAGAUCGAAGUAUAUCGCUGCCCGUAACAUCAGUGUCCUUGUAAACGGUGUAAGACCCACUUGGUUCGAGGUACUUGUUCAUCAAGUUCUUCGUGAUUUCAACUAAAUCGCCCGUCGGAGUUGUAGGGUAAUAUUUGAUGGUGUAGCUGAAUUUCUGUUCCAGCAAGAACCGCUCUGAUUCAUAGUAAUCACGAUCAAAUGUCACACCCUUUCGUACUGCCUCAUUGACAAGGCCGAUGAAGAGCGCCCAUCUUUCCUUGUAAUAGUCCUUGACAAGACCAGCCCACUCUUUGCUCGCGUAAUCCUCUAAUUCCUGGUGGGGGCCCCACAUUGUAACCUGAUUGCGAGC